UGUAAUGAAUGCAUGUUUGCAGAUGCCUCGCCUCAGGCCUGUAUGACGUGCGACUGGGGCAGCACUCUAAAGGACAAAGUCUGCUAUCCGCGUUGUGAGGAGGGCCGAUACUUCUCAGAAGAGGACACCUGUGAGCCAUGUGACACCUCGUGUAGGCAUUGCACUGGACCCAGACCCGACCAGUGUCUAACUUGUCACCGGGAUUCUGCUCUUCAUGCUGUGGAGAACCGCUGCGCCCGCUGCUGUCAAGCUGAAGGGAAUGACACUGAUUGCUGUGUUUGUGACAGCCGCUCAGCAUUGUGUGUGGAGGCCCCCCAACCCAAGUCAGGAGACGGUCAGGUAACAGACCUGAAUAUGUCGUCUACAGUUCUGAAGCACACCUCAGCCGCUUUGCCUAUUGCCCUGCUGCUAGCACUGGGGUUGGCUCUGGCUGUGUUUGCCUUGGUCAAGGCCCGUGCCAGGAAGAGGCUUUGCUGGAGCCAGAGCUAUGAGAAACUCAGUGGCAGCGCCAGCAUGAACAUGCCCCACGGUGUGCCCGAGCCGGACAGUGGAGACGAGGUGGAUGUGGUGUACACCAGUAAAGGAGGAUCAGUAUAUCGGCGCUACAGCUUUGUCCAUGAGCAGGUCGCAGAUGUAGACCAGGAUGUGGAUGAGAGCACUUGUCUCAAUCACUCUUAGAUACAUCUAAAUCUCUGUAACUGAGCAUUGCAUUGUGGACACUCACAGGUAAAUAGUUUAGUUUAUGUUUAGAAGAGAAUGUAGUUGUAUUUUGCUUUGGUAUGUUACUUUUUGAGUUCUGGUGUUUGAUUUUACAAAGUGCCUGUACUUGUAUAAUGCACAUUCUUAGAUGAGGCAUUUGUGAGUAAACAGUGGGGAGAAAAUACAUAUAUGUAUAUGACUUUUUCUUUUUUACUUGACAUUAAACAGUUGAAUUAUCAUGUAUAAAAAUUAAAAUCUGCAUGAUUUGUUGUAAAUACAAAUUAACCACUCCACUUGAUGUCUUGAGUGCAAUUUGAAGACUCAAAGGUGUGUUUGAUUUGUCUAGUGUAGUACUACAAUUCGGCAUUGGUUUGGAGUUGGUAGGUCACAUGACAUGGAAGCUAUUGAAAUAAAUGAUGAUUUUCCCAUAA